GCAGCGGGAGAAACUUGCGUUCAUGCGGCUGCUUCAGCGGCACUGUGGGUGAGAGGGGGUGUGUUUGAAUCCCGCUGGAGGAGGCAGUAACGCCGAGGAUGCGUCAGGGAGCAUGACUGCUGCCGGAAAGGGGCAUGACAUGAUCUGUCAGAAGGCAGUGUCUCUCAUAGUUGACCUCUGUACGCAGGACAGCCCGCGGCUGGACCACAACACCUGUGAGGAGUUCCUCUUUCUCAUCUCCAAUCAAGAGUACAACCACAAGGACUCAGACAUCGCUGUUGGCCUCCCCAUCGGUGUGAUAAUAGCGUGUGGCUUGGCGCUGCUGUUGCUCGCUGCAUUCGUCUCCUGGAGGCUGUGCUGGGUCCCUUGGAGGAACAAAGCCCUCUCGUCGAGUUCUGCGGCCCUCGCGCCUGACGACUGCCCAUCGUUUCAUCUACCGUCUCUUCUGCCCAGUCCUCAGCCGUCUGAGGUCACUAUGGCGACUGAGAAGGAAAAGUAUCCUUUGGCGUCGAUGGGCUUCCUGGAGGCAGCUGUUAAAAUAAGUCACACCUCUCCCGACAUCCCUGCCGAGGUGCAGCUCUCCAUGAGGGAGCACUUCCUGCGCCGUACGCAGCGCAUGCAAAGACAGACCACCGAGCCAGCGUCAUCCACCAGGCAUAGUUCCUUCAAACGCCACCUUCCCCGUCAAAUGCAGGUAGGGAGUCUGGACCUGGGAGAUGACUAUGAUGUGGAUGAGCAACCAACCAGCAUUGGCCGUAUCAAGCCUGAACUCUACAAGCAAAUGACCACAGAGAACGACGAAUCCGGCAACAGCAAAGGCGGCAAAAACUGCGGCAAGAUCAACUUUUCCCUCCGCUAUGACUAUGAGAACGAGAUGUUGCUUGUCAAGAUACUCAAGGCAUUUGAUCUCCCAGCCAAAGACCUUUGCGGCAGCUCCGACCCGUAUGUCAAGAUCUACCUGCUGCCGGAUCGGAAGCAGAAGUUCCAGACACGAGUUCACCGUAAAACGCUCAACCCCACGUUUGACGAGUCCUUCCAGUUUCCGGUACCCUACGAUGAGCUUCCCGUCAGGAAACUCCAUCUCAGUGUUUUCGACUUUGACAGGUUCUCACGGCACGAUAUGAUCGGGGAGGUCAUACUGGACAAUCUGUUUGAAGUGUCUGAUCUCUCAAGGGAGACCUCCAUCUGGAAAGACAUUCAGUAUGCUACCUCUGAGAGCGUGGACCUUGGGGAGAUCAUGUUCUCACUCUGCUACCUACCUACGGCGGGCAGAUUAACACUCACUGUCAUCAAAUGCAGGAACCUAAAGGCAAUGGACAUUACAGGAUAUUCAGAUCCCUAUGUGAAAGUAUCCCUCAUUUGUGAUGGAAGACGCCUGAAAAAGAAGAAGACCACAACAAAGAAAAACACCCUGAAUCCCACUUAUAAUGAGGCCAUUAUCUUUGACAUCCCUCCAGAAAGCAUGGACCAAGUCAGCUUGCACAUCUCAGUCAUGGACUAUGACCUGGUGGGGCACAAUGAGAUAAUUGGUGUGUGCCGUUUGGGCAGUAGUGCUGAAGGUUUAGGUAGAGACCACUGGAACGAGAUGCUCGCAUACCCCCGAAAACCAAUUGCACACUGGCACCCCCUGCUGGAACCAAAAAAGUCUGAAAAAGAGUGGAAAGCUAGAACGGCAAGUUUUGACAGCCAGGGGUCUUGUCCCUCCCCCAAACCUCCCGCCAGCCCUUGAUCAGAGCCAUAUGUAAAACUACAGGCUCGGGAUCCUCCGUUUGCCACUCGGAUGAAAACGAGAGCCCUGCUAUUUCCAAUUUCACCUAUGGGUUGUUUUAGAUGGUUCCCAAACACUGAUCUAAGAUCCUGCUGUCUUUGCUGUCUGAUGUUCCUCAUGUUCAAGCUGUUCCAGUCCGUACGAUCCUCAGUCAAUUCUUGGGAGUGUUGUACAAACCUAGAAUACUAUUCAAAAGCCAACGUCGUGUUCCUAGAAUAGCUCGGUAUCGUCAGCGGAGAUGUUUCGUUCCAAUAUGAAUUUUCCUGAAGCAGUUGAAAUCCGACGCGGUGUUCUGCAAGCGGUCUAUGCGCAAACAGAAGUUUCCGCACAACACCGCAAGGCUCUUUGUAGAUGGCUAUGCUCAGAUCUAAAGACUUUGAAAGUACGAUCAACUUUUGGAAGUACUGAGAAUGAGGUCAGAAAGAACGGCGUGGAAAAUACUGUUUUGCGUGAGUGAGAAAAAAAAGAAGCGAAUGGAUUUGUCACGUGCUGUAUACUAACAACAAAGCAUUUUCUCUGUCAAAUCCUCGUAUGAAAAAUGUGUGAAGGUACACGUUUUAUGAAGAAUAUUUCAAUAUUUAGCAGUUUAUAGAUGUUGUGUAAAUGUUGUGUGUAAAAAGAGACAAAAUUUAUCAGAGCACAACAAAUUUUUCCAUUAUUUCUUGCCAAAACAAAGAUGUUUACGUGUAAAGAAGUUCCUGUUCACACACAAAAACUCUUCACAUGUAGCUGAAUAAACGUAUGUGAUUACAUUAAUAUUCAUUGGCAAGACCUCGAGUACAAAAGUGGUCAUUUAAAGGAAUAGUUCACUUAUUUACUCACCCUCAAGUAGAUCUACGUCUGUAUGAAUGUUUUUGUUUCUUUGUUUUGAUGAAAACAGAAAAAAAUAUUUUAAGAAAGAAAGUUUUUAACCAGGUUGUUUCGGGUCACCAUUCAUUUCCAUAGUAGGAAAAAAAUAUAUACUAUGGAUGUCAAUGGUGACCCAAAACAGCCCGGUUGAGUAAAUGAUUACAGAAUUUUUAUUUGUCGGUGAACUAUUCCUUUAAAGUAAAAGUGCUGAAAUAUACAUAAAGGUCUGAUUUGAUUUAUGUGGCUUUUAUUCAAUUUGUUGUAAUAGCAUUUAAAGAGCUACAGAAGCUGUUCUGUAUCUUAGUAGCACUGCUUUUAAUAUCAACUCAAUUCCUCUUUGAAUCCUCCUGCUGUUUCAAUCUAAUGUUGACAACUCGUUCAUCUUUUGACAUGUAAUUUCAUUGUGAGUUAAAUUGGACUGUCAAAGUUUUCAGUUUUUUUUGACAUAUUGUCUGGGAAAAUGUCUUGAGUAAACAAUAUACGCUGAAAUUUAUCAAAUAUAUUCAUAUUCUGUACUGUAUAAAGGAGCAGGGUUAACAUUAUAAAAUGUAAAAUAGGCAAUUAACUAACGUUCAUCUUUAGAUAAAUAUUUUCAUGUGAAUUAAAUUGCGAAUCAAUUAUUGGUAUAAUCAAACAAUCCAAUAAAUUAAAUUAAGUAAAUAACUAUUGUAAAUGUAAAACGACAAAAUUAAUGCCAUGCUGCCCAAGAAUUCUUCUUAGAAUCUAUAAAACUCAACAAAGCUAAACUGAGCGAUCAAAAUAAUAAUUAUUGUUACUUUUUACAUUUUUAACGUCAUAAAUGAUUAAACAAAAGUCAAUACUUUUUAUUGCCCUCAAUAUUUGAUUUGUUUAUCCCUGUGGUUUCAAUCUUUUUGUUUUACAUGAUUCGUUCAUGACACGGUUUUACUUGAAAUUUUAAGUUAACAGAGAUGCUCAGGC